AUGUUGCGUGAAGUAAAACCUCGGAAUGCGCGGACGGCCCGUAUCGUUAAGGCUCGCGAGCCUCAACAGGUCGAGUCGAGGAAACGAGUACUGCUCCUGCACGGGACCAAAUGUCCUCUGCCGGUCCAAACCGUGCUCAAGACGGUACAUACCCUCACCAAACCAGACUCGGUCAUGCUCAACAAGAAGAAUGACAACAUUCACCCUUUCGAGAGUACCGAAUCUUUGGAGUUUCUGGCGGGUAAAAAUGAAUGUGGCGUGGUUGUCUUUGGCGCACAUUCGAAGAAGAGACCGAACAAUCUCACCAUGAUGCGGAUUUACAACGGAAAGGUGCUUGACAUGGUGGAAUUACUCCUCCUCGUGCCUAUGGAUCAACCGCAGCCAGAGCCGAAACUAACGAUUGGAGUGGAAAUGAAGCCUUUGAUUUUGUUUGCAGGCUCGCAGUGGGAUGAUACCUCAUCUUCGGCCCAGGCUACCUUGUAUCAAAGUCUUAAAUCCAUGAUGCUGGAUCUCUUCCAAGGCGAGGAAAUCUCCUCCAUUGACGUGGCGGGCCUGCAGUAUCUUCUCAUGAUUGCUGCAGGCGAGAGUUCUGGUACCUCCCCAGACCUCAGUGACCCGACGAAUAAGCCUGUCCUUCAUCUCAGAUGGUACAAGAUCCGGACAAUGAGAUCAAACAGUCCGAAGAUACCUCGAGUUGAGCUUGAUCCUAUUGGGCCAAGCUUCGACUUUCGAGUUGGGCGUUUCCAGGAGGCUGACUCGACGGUGAUGAGGGACGCCUUGAAACAUGGCCGCCGACCCAACGAAGCACGGACGAAGAAGAACAUUGAGACUGAUUUAGUCGGUGACAAGAUUGGCCGCGUUCAUCUCGGCAAGCAAGACCUCUCGACUUUGCAGACAAGGAAGAUGAAGGGAUUGAAGCGAGUUCAUGACGACAUUGAGGAUGAGGAAGAAAUGCCAGACCUUGACGGCGAAGAAGACAUUGUCAGCCAAGAUGGAGAUGUCGGGAAUGGAGGAAUGGACAUUGAGGAGGGAGCCAGCAGUGACUUCGGCAGUGGUGAUGAGAUCAGUAUCGGCGACGAUGAUGAUGAUGAAGAGAUGGCGGAUGCGCAUGACGAACAGAACGAGAAGCUAAAGAGGCAGAGGACUUCGUGA